AUGGUCCCGGGCCCACCGGGGUUCCCCGGGACAGGUCCACUGGGGCAUCCGGGGGUCACUGGGGUGGGUCCUCGGCCCGCCGGGGGUCACCGGGGUGGGUCCUACGGGCUGCCCGGGGACCCGCCGGGGGUGACCGGGGAGGGUCUUCCGGGGCGCCCGGGGGCCCGUCGGAGGUCACCAAG